AUGUUUAUUCCGUGCAAUGAAGCAUGUUUAAUUAAUAACGGAAUUCAAGAAAGAGGUAGCCCUUGGUAUUGUCAAAGAUGUGUUUCAAACGCGCGGCACGACAUCUAUCUGUCAUCCAAUAACAACGUCGAAGGAAACUCGAAGGCACAAAUGAAUCCCCUACACUUGUUACUAGAGGCGUCAGAUCAACUGCAAUCAAAUUCGGGGUCAGAAAAUGAUUCUGCAAUUGUCCAUUCACAUUUCGCCCGAAGAGAUAACGCAAUUGCGCAGCAGCAUGAGAAGAAUCUUGGCCCUUCUCGUGCAAACCUUGUAAAUUCCGAGGAGUCUACGCCGAGCCGACCACCGAUUGCCUUUAAUUUAAACAUCGAUCCGUUUAAUGGUAGCAGCGGCGGAGGCCAAGAAGAAACAGAGAUUGCCAUCGAGAAGUUUGAAUGCCAAUACACAUCUUUCGAUGAAG